UGGCUAUGGUUUAAUCUCUGAACCGGAAGAUAAUGCACUCACGUAACUCUUGCUUCAUCCAAACGAGGGGAGUGCACUGCUCUGAAUGUACCUACGUUUUGCGUUGAGAUGUUUUGCCUCUUAAAUAGUAAUGUGGCUCUCAUAAACUGUCCUAGACCUGAUCCCAUCUGGUGUGAUGGCAGAGGAGCGGAUGAGAGAGCCAGCUGCUUUGGAUGAACUGCCACCAAUGUACAGCAUUCUGAAGGGAGAGGUAGUUUCUGUGACAACUUAUGGUGCUUUUGUUAAGAUUCCAGGAUACAAAAAACAAGGUCUGGUUCAUAAGAGUGAGAUGUCGUCCUGUCGGGUGGAGAACCCAGCUGAAAUUGUUGAUGUAGGGGAACAAGUGUGGAUAAAAGUCAUUGGCAGGGAGAUGAAAGAUGAUAAAGUAAAACUGUCAUUCUCUAUGAAAUCUGUCAAUCAAGGCACUGGGCGGGACCUUGACCCCAACAAUGUUAUAGCAGAACAGGACGAACGUCGCCGGAGACAGUUUAGAGAUCAUACUGAGCAGAAGAUCACGCUGGAGGCUGUGCUUAACACCACAUGCAAAAAGUGUGGGUGCAGAGGUCACUUUGCAAAAGACUGCUUCUCCCAGCCUGGACUGCAGUACAGUUUAGUUCCAGAAGAAGAAGAGGAGGAGCAGCCGCCACAGACCAGUCAGCAAACCCAAUCAGAGCCCCAGAAACGUAAAAAGGAAAAGAAGGCUAAGAAAGACAAGAAGAGAAAGAAAGAGAAGAAAAGAGACAGCUCUUCAUCCGAUAGCAGCGACGAAGUUACCAAACGGCCACGGCAUUCACACACACAUUCAGAAAAAAAGAAAAAACACAAGAAACAUAAGACAAAGUGAUUCUUUUGGUUUGCAAAAUAGUUGCAAUAUGCAAGUACAAGCUUGUGCAAGAAAAGUUUUUUUUUUUUUUGCAUGUAUAUCAAGAUUUAUCUGAUCGUUUUUGGAAUGUAUUUUUUGUUAAUGAUUAAAAGUUUGACCAUUAAAAAUGA